GUCUGGUGCCGGUCUGGGUGUGGGGGGGCGGGACGUAGGAGCCGAUUGGACGGCGACGGCGCGCUCCACUUUGACCCUCUUAAAGUGAAUAAAACAUCAUGAGCGACCAGCAGGACACUAUGGCUGCCACCACCACCAUUAGUCACUGUGAAUACCUGCAGCCAGCAGCAUCAACAAUGAUUGAGGAUUCACAGCCAUCUCCUCUGGCUCUUCUGGCAGCAACAUGCAGCAAGAUUGGACCCCCAGCCGUGGAAUCCAGCUCCACACCCUCUCCAGUGGCUGUACAGAUGGUCACCAAGAAACUGCCGCUGUUGAAGCCAGCUCCAGCACCUAAUGGGCAAAAUGGUGGCAAUUUCAGUUUCAUUGGAGCUAAUGGAAAAGUCUUUCAGAUCCAGGGAUCACAGGUCACCGGUCCAGCCGUUAGCCCCUCCCUCUCUGGACAGUUAGUGCUGGCCAUUCAGAGCCAAGCGAUGGUCAACAAAGGCUCACGGCAGAACGUUCAGUAUCAGUUAGUCCCCCAGGUCCAGACCCUGGGUGGGCAGUCCCUUCAGAUUGCCAAUGUUCAGCAAAAUAUGACAGGUCAGAUCCAGAUCAUUCCAGGUACCAACAAGGCUUUUGUGACCACUGCAGUAGCAGCCAAUACGCAGAAAGUCUCCCCUCAGGCAAUGCAUGUGAAACCCGCUUUAUCAGUCCCUGCCCAAGUGCAGAAGACCAGGGGCACAACUGUACAAGGUCAGGGCAAUGUCAUUAAGCUGGCAAGUGGUGGAAACGUUGCCCUGUCUGUGCCAAUUAGUAAUUUGGUUGGUGCCGGUGAUGGAACAGCCAUACAGUUGGCCAGUGAUGCUGUGUGUGGAGGAGGUGGCUCUGCGAAGCUCAGCAAAAGGUUGAGGAGGAAAUCGACAAAUCCUGCAGCGGUGGCGGAAACAGUCACACUUGUGGAGGCUUCAUCAGGAAACGUCAUCCAGCCAGGUGCCAACAUACUCUUGGUGCAGAGUCCAGGCUCCAAUGUUCUGCAGCAAGUACAGGUGGUGCAGCAGAAGCAGGAGCAGGCGGUCCAGACCAUUCCUCAGCAGGCCAUCCGCGUUGUGCAGGCAGCCUCCAUGAGUGGUCACAACCUUCCCACCGUACCCCAGAAAUCCCCACAGAGCCUGCAGAUUCAGACCAGUGAGCACAGCUCCCCACCGGUUAUCAUCAGGAGUCAACCUAUAUCCUCCUCGGGACAGGUUAACUGGCAGGCAGUGCAGGUGAAAAGUUCCACGGCACUUCAGCAAGGCUCCAGUCCCUCUGGUAGCUUUCCCCGGAUUGCUCCAGCUGCAGGUGGAAAGAGAUCCUCUGCGGGCUCUUUGAUCCGGAAGGGGACUGCUUUGCCGAGAAUUGCACCAGCUGGGGGUGCCAUUAACCUGAACAGUGCGCAGUUUGCCACUGGUCAGGCAAUUCAGACCAUCAGCAUCAACGGCUUGCAGGUGCCCGGAGUUCCAGUGACUGUCACCAAUGCUGCAGGACAGCAACAGUUAAAUGUGCAGGCAGGGGUCAUGUCCCCAGUUUCUGCCAACAACAUCACUAUCACUGGACUGAGUUCGAGCCAGCUUAGCCAGCUACACAUGGAACCAGCCUUACCAGCUGAUGAGAUUGCAGAGCAGCAGGUGCAACAGAACAAGAAGAUGAAAAGAAUGGCCUGCACUUGUCCAAAUUGCAAGGAUGGUGAGAAAAGGAGCGGAGAGUUAGGGAAGAAGAAGCAUGUUUGCCACAUUCAAGGUUGUGAGAAGGUAUUCCGGAAAACAUCCUUGCUACGAGCCCACGUUCGCUUGCACACAGGGGAGCGCCCGUUUGUCUGUAGUUGGGUCUAUUGUGGGAAGAGGUUCACUCGUAGUGAUGAGCUACAGAGGCACUCCAGAACUCACACAGGUGACAAACGCUUCGAGUGUGGACAGUGCCACAAGCGUUUCAUGAGGAGUGACCACCUGACCAAACACUACAAAACACACUUGAACACAAAGAACUUGGUGUAAAGACUGCGGGGCGCAUGGGAGAUAUUGGUCUCCCUAGCAACACAAGUCGAACAUUUUCUUCUUUGUUUUCACAUUUUUAAAGAAAAGAAAUUAACAAAAAAUGUUUUUCUGGAGGGAGGGAGGGGUCAUGUUUGGUUUAUACGCCGCCUUCCCCUCCCAACGCUACAGAUGCAUUAAGACACAUCAUUACUGUGGUAACCCAUUUACCAGCGAUGUGGCACAGCAUGAAGAGCGCAGUGGAUUGGGUUGGGUUGGAGGCUGCUGGAGCAGAGAGGAAACCAAUGUGAAGAGAUUAAGCAAUCCUGAUCCCAAUCUGGGUGGUUCUGUCCAUUCCUCCUUGUGUAACACAGGUGUAGCUUUGCCGAUGUCUUGGUUUCUAAUAAUAUGUUGCCUUAGAUUUUGUCACAUAUGAUAAUGAGAGUAUUGUACUGUGAUUGAAUGGAGGCUUUUCAAUUAGUCAGUUUGCUAUUACUUUUAUUUUAAAAAAACAAUAUGUUUUUAUUUUCCUAGUGUGAUUCUGACACAGGAUCAUGAGAUGAUUUAUGUCCAAAUUAAUGUCAUCAUUGGACAAACAGUAGAAGGAAAAAGAAGAUAAUUCUUUUUAAAAACAAAGAUUUUUUAAAAUGAAAUCCUGAGGUUGUAGUAUCUGCAAUGUUUAAUAGAUCAAUAAGCAUAGUGUUUACAGUUGCUUCAAAGAAAUAUUGGUUAUAUUUUUGAGCUUUGAUUGGAAGGAAAUCUGACUUUAUUUUAGUAUAUAAUUUUUGGAUGGUAUAAGAUGACUGAUAAUAAAUUUCUUAAGUGGAGCUAAAUGCAGUGGGGAUGGGAGAAUACAAUCAGUGCCCACUUUCUUCUUUAGAACAGCUGACACUGCUUCUGCCCAUUACAGUGAAUGGGUUGAAAAUCCCAGUCGGUGUGUCCUGUUCUGGUUUCUCCCAUACUCUCAGUAUCAUGGAUCUAAACAAGAUGGGAAAAUUUCUUGUGUAUCGCAAGCUCCCUGCAAGCAUUCCACAGGAAGUCUUUCCAAGUUAACGUGUAGUACUUCAAAAGAAUUAAAUACAGAUCAGAAUGGCUCCAUGUUCCUAAAUGUGGAAGAAUUGGAGACGGGUGUUUGUCCAGUUACCUCCCCUUCGCUUUUCAAAGGUGGCAAAUCUCAUAAGAUCUGUGCUUCUGUAGUUUCCAGCUAUCCCUCAGGGCCAUCAUCCAACUAUCCAUCCUUUAUAUUUGAGGGAGUAACAGCACCAAGGCAAAUACUGUGCACAUUCAAGCAUUCACAUUUAUAGGUUUAUCUUCCUUUUAGGACUAUGGGGCAGUUCAGUUGAUUACAAAUGCCCUUUUCAAGGGACAGUCCUCAACCUGGUCGGAGGCUGCCAGCCAGUUAAACCACUUUGCGACGCAAUUUGGAAGUGAUAUCAGACCACUUCCUGCAACAUCACAAGGAAGUUUCUACUGUGGAAUGUGCACUAUUUUCUGACCGUAAUGUCAUUUCCUGUGUGUUUGUUUUAAAAAAAUGCUAAAAUAAAAUGAAUUGUUUUGUGCUUUGGUUUAUGUAGAAGGAGAAGCAUGAAGUUAUUUGUUCUGUAAAGUUUUCUCAAAUUUAAUGCCAUUUAUCAAGUAUGGUGACCAGAAUUUGAGUGAAAUGGUUUCAGUUCUGUGUUAUAUCUGUUUCCACCUCUUAGUUCCUCAGUUUAUUAUUUGUGUUUUGUUUUUCCACGAGUUUUAGUCUUCUUACCUCAGAAAGGAUAGUUGCCUUAGAAAGAGUCCAGCAAAGGUUAACUAGACUAUUUCUUGGGAUGAGGGGAUUUUCCUAUGGCUAGUGUUUGAGUAGACUAAUCUUGGAGAUUAGAAUAAUGAGAAGUGAUCUCAUUAUGAAAUUCUUAAGUAAUUUGACAGGGCCAAUGUUAAAAGGAUGUUUGCUGGGGAAUUAAGAACUUCGAGUUACAGUCAGAAUAAGAGGUUGGUUUAGAACUGACAUGAGAAAUUCUUUGCUCAAAACGAUUGUCAAUCUGUUUGGUUCUCUAUCCCAGCGAGUUAUUGAUGCUCAGUCGUGAAAUGAUUAUAUUCAAGACAGAGGGUCCUGGGUACUAAAAAAUUAAGGUAUGUGGGAAUACUGCAGGAAAUCAAGUUGAGAUAUGUCAGUCAUGGACUUGGUGAAUCACAGAGUCAGCUCAAAGAGUUAGAUGCUCUCCUGCUGCUUGUAUUAUGUUCCAUUUCACCUCAUAGUAUCAUAGUAUAAAACAAUACAGAAGGAGGCCAUUCAUCCUAUGGGAUCUGUGCCAGCUCUUCAAAAGGUCUAUCUAUUUAAAACCAUUCACUGCUCUUUCCCCAUAGCUUUGCAAAAUGUGCCCUUUCAAGUAUUUAUUUAAUAUUUUGAAAGUUACCAUUGAAUCUGCUUUCAUCGUCCUUUCAAUAAGUGAUUUCCAGAUCAUAGCAACUCUCUGUGUAAUGGAAUAUCUCCUAACGUUGUUUCUGGUUUCUUCUGCCUCUAAUCUCUUUCCUCUAGUUACCAAGCCUUCUUCCACAAGGAACAAUACCUGCUUGUUUAACAUCUCCAUCAUUUCUGCUGUAAGGAGAACAAACUCAGGUUUUCCACUCUCUCCACAUAACUGUGGUCCCUCAUUGUAAUAAAUCUCCUGUACCCUCUCCAAGGACUUUGGGUCUACUUGCACACUGCAUGUAAUUAGAAUAUUCAGCUUACAUUGAGAACAAAAUAAGCAUUUCUAAUUCCCUCCCAACAACCCAACUAUUGUUUUUAUACCCAUUCAGCUUGAACAAUGAGUGGGGAAAGGACGAUUUACUGUUGAACCUGUUUCUUAUUGCUUUUUGCAGUUACUAACAAAUGUUUCAGUCUAUACUGUAGGAGAUUCCUCGAGUGUUAGAAAGUCCAGAACUUUAAAAGCUGAUGUGUAAAGCACAGCUGAUUCUACUUGUUUUUUAAAAAUUAAUCUUUAACAGUACGGAUAUGUUUGAUUGUCAUAUUCCACAGAUGUAAGCGAUUGUUGGCUUGUGAAUGUUAAGGGAGGUUUUAACUCUGCCAAAUGAGCUCUUUGAUAGUUUUGAGCAGUGCCAGAUUUGCUUCUGAACCACUCCAAUCAGAUUGGUUUCCUGGUGUGUGAUGUAGCUCAGUCAGCUGUUGAGACUCUCCAGUUGGCCACAAUGCCAUCAGCCCAUGUCGGCCUGGGGAACAGGGAGGAGGAGAGAGGAUCAAAGAAAAUGGGCCAGGGCUCCUCUUCUUGAUCACUGCCACUUUGGCUGAGCACAGGAUUGGAUUCAGAUGUGACUCUUCCUGCCAACUCUCAGCAUUCACUGAUUGGGUUACACCUGGGGAUCCACCAAGUGAAUGAGAUACCAGUGGCCCCUAUCUUUUGAAAGAGGAGAAAAAUUUGGGGCUGGGAGCAUGGGGAAAAGUUAACUUCACAUGGGGUUGAACUGAAUUGUUGAAUAUAAGGUCUCACAGUAAUUUACAGGUAUGUUGAGGUCAGUUCCAAAAUUACUGAUAAGGGGUGAUGUCAAUUAUUUAACAGGGAAAGGAAUGACUUUUUUAUUCAGGUGAGAUAUAUAAUCAAAUAGUAGGUUUCCCUCCUACCUAUUGUUGAAAAUAGUUGUUUCACAUUUACUGAAUUACCACCAAUCGAUUAUUUAAUGUGCCAAUCACUGGUUUAAGUUGAUUGAGUUCAGAACUUCCCUAAUUCUUGGUGUCAAGUUACUGUAUUCCCCUUACCUUUUUCUGAUAAAGCAAGCAGAUCCAUCACCCAAAGGAGAGUCAGUGUCCAGUAGUUCCUUCUGUCUGGCAGCCUGUAUAGUAAAGGGAUAGAGCUGGGGCUCAAUGGGGAUUCUAGGUGCAAUGGGUACCACGUUCUGUCUGGUACAUUCGCUGCUGCAACAGUGUAUUGCUGUUUGUUUUUAAAAGUGCUGUCUUAGCAAAUAGCCUUCGUAUGAUGAAAACUGCUUGGAUUUAUGAGGUGUUGUAAAUGUUCUUUGGUAUAUUAUAUAACAAAAUAAACAAUGGCAGCCCAGGCUGACACUGGUCUUUAAUCUA